UAUGUAUUUUGCAAAAGAGUCCUUAUUCCACUAUUACGUCAGACCACUUCCUGUAGUUACCUUCACUUCCGCUAUCUGCAGUCACAACUGUGAAGACCGCACCAAGUAAGCAGCGGAAGGUGAAAGUAGAGUAAUAAUGUGUUAUGCUUUAGGAUCAUAGGGUCGCGGUACAAGCAUAUUACUAAUAUCUUGUUUGGGCUGGAUUUAAACUACAUGAUUCAAGUGACACAAUUCCAAUGUUCCCUUUUUUUACUCCCACAUGGCACAGUUUGAAUAUGGGUCAUAGCAGCUUUACAGAAAAAAAAAACCCCAUUGCAUUAGAAGUCUUCAGAUAAAAAUCAAGCCUCUUUCAAAUGCAGAUAAAAACAGAGACAGAUGCCUUUCAAUGUCGGUCCAGGGCAACUAAACAGUGUGUAAUGUUUUAUAUAAUGUUUAUUUACAUUUGUGUUCUUGCUAACCAAUGUCACGUCUGUUUGUAUGUGGCGUGUGUGUGUGUAUGGCAGUCUGGUGCAGAAGUCUCUUGAAAAUGCACAUUAAAAGAUAAAAAAAUGGGCACUAAAUCCGAAUUGGGCACUUUGACUUGCAACGUGAAUCAAAGUUCAGUCCAGCUCUUAAAACCGAUCGUAUCAAAUAGGACUAAAGCUUUUCAGGCUGAGGAAAAUGGACAAGAGCAGGAAAACACAGAGAAGUUGGAAGAUGCUAGAAACUAGUAGACCAGCUUGCUAACCAGGCUGAAUACGUACACACAGCAAUUAUUUUUGUAGCUUGUAAACACUACUCACAAAAAGGUAGGGAUAUUCGGCUUUCGGGUGAAAGUUCAGGAUCAAUAUAAAAUGAACUAUGACCAUUACAUAUUAACUUAAUUUAACCUUCUCCAAACAUUUUAAUGCCCAUGUCCAACUGCUCAAUGUUUCGGUCCUUCUUGCACAACUUGCUGUUCUCUAACAAGAAGCUGAAUGGUGAAAUUCACAACUUUUUUUGUUUGUUUUUUUAAACAAGGAUGUCCACUUCUCUGCCUUUCUGUGACUCUUCCGGUAUCUCUGUAUAUCUGUUGAAACCUGCUGAUGACCUUGAUGAUAUUUUUUCAGAAGUUUAGAAGUCAAAUUUAGUUCUCCAGUAAAGGUUAUAGUGCAUUUUAGGUUCAUCCUGAGUGACCUCGCUGUAGUGUGUUGAAGCUCGUUUUAAUUGAUGAUUUAAAAUACUGAAUGUUCUCAAUUCCAACGUUAACUUUGGAUACACCUCUUCAGCUCAGGCUUCAUACAAUGUCAACAUUCUCAGCAUGAGUGAAGCUUCUUUAAAGCAAAUGGUGGCGUAGCGCCUCAUUAAACGUGUCAAUGUAAUUUAAGUGAUGUGUCUGCACAGGUUUGCCUGAGCUUUGGACAUUGUUGUCAGAUGUGUGGGGGUAGUUUAGUUAGUUUUGUUACAAUAGUUGAACACUAUACUAGUGUUGGCUCAGCCUGUAUGCCACUUAAACUGACAGCAAAGAUUAGCAACGUGACAAUUAAGUCCAAAUUUAACUUCAGUAAAGACCUGUUGCAAAUAAAACGGUGUGUAUCAUGAUUAGAAUGACAACAAUCUUUCUUCAAAAGCCUUUUUUUUUAUUUUUUUUUUUUAAUUAUUGUUUUUAUUGUAGGUGCCUUAGGUUUAGUAUAGUAUGAAAUAGUAUGUUUGACAUUGAAAGCUAAGUAAUUAUAUUACAUAAUUCACAAAGGCAGGAAUGUGUGUUGAGCAAACAUCUCGCAGAGAAGUUUAGACUUGUUCUAGUCAGUCACGAAUCAGGAACCCUAGAGGCCUAUUUUACACUGGUAGUUUAAUGGUGAAAGCUUGUGCCAUUUUAUUUUCCACUCUUUUAUUGUUAUACCUUUUUAUAGUGCUUGCAUAUAUUUUGUAGUUUAUGGAAGCUGCGGUUUAAACAAGACAACCCAUUUGGGCUUUGAAUGUCGAUGUGCACAUGUGAUGUAUUAUUGGGAGUGGGAGGAGGAAAGGUGCUUAAAUAAGCGUCACCCACAGAUCACUCUGUAACUUGAGAGGUGCGCUAUAAAUACCCCUAACCUUUCCUGUGUUUGCCUAGUUAGAUGUGUUUUGCUCAGUGUGGGGCACAGGCUGCCUGAGGACAAUACUCUUUUGGGCACAAGGCCUGCCCGCUGCGUCGCUGUCAGCUUGGCUUCUUCGCGUGAUUCACUGUUGCUGAGAAAUGCAAGCCUCAGACGUCUUUUUGGAUUUAAAGUGUCCUGCCGCUCAGCUCGGCUCAGCGAUACAAUGCAACGAAUGUCCUUGUUGCCUUGUAAUGACCUGCUGUUUUUGAGACUUGAACAGGUCUCUGAGAUUUCUGCAGUUCCAGGAGCAGUCCCUCUUUCCAGCCCAUUCGAAGUCAGAUCCAGAUACCCACGGCACAUGUCAUGCCAUCCACGGCCGGAGCCCUGGCCUCUAAGUCCCAGGCAAACGUCCAGGAAGAGUCCAGAUCUUCUUCCACCUCCAGAACAUCCAGUGGCUCCACCUCCAAAUCUUCCUGUCUCUCCAAAUCAGCAUCCUCCCCCAACCUGGAUGCCCAGACCUCUAUGGGAAGCGAGCACUCUGGGCCAAAGUCAGACUGCCUGAGCCGGUAUCGAAGCCUUCUUAAUGGGCUGGACCACUCGCUUUUCCCCACAGAUCACACACGGAUGGAUGAGGGCCAGAGGUUUGACACGCCUGCCGUGGAACCGACCAUGAACCAGUCGGCCUUGUUGGGGAGCUUAUGUCCUGAUGUCAGACUCCGAUUACAGACUACAGGGAUUAGAGAGAACUCUGACUGUGCCUCUGAGGCUUACAGAGGAGGCGUGGAGCACAACUAUAAAGUUCUUCCAGAGGCCAGGCCUGGAGUUUCCAUCCCCGGAGUUUCCAUCCCCAACGACCCCUCUAAUCCCAGGUCCAGCCAGCCUGCUGGCGUUUAUGCAAGCCCUCUUAGCUUACAGACACAGGCUCUGUUGAGGGAACAUGCGGGAACCAAAGCGUACGAUCCCUUACGCCAGGACCGGUGUGGUGAAAUAUUGGGCUGGCAGCAGCAGCAACAACAUAAGCAACAGAUGGACAGCAUACGCAUGCAAGUAGAACAAAUGCAGUUGAGUGCUGGUGUGGGCCAGUACCCGUCUUUGUACCCCACAGCCAUGCACCCGGAGUCUGGCAAGUGGGACGCUCUGGUGAAAGCCAGUGAAGGUCUGCUAAAGGAGAAGGAGCUUAUAAUAGAGCGACAAAAGCAGCAUAUGACUCAGUUGGAGCAGCGUCUGAGGGAAAGUGAGCUGCAGGUCCACGGAGCCUUCCUGGGCAGAGGCGCUCCCUUCGGGGAUAUAUGUUUGCUACGGCUACAGGAAGCUCAGAGGGAGAAUGCGUUCCUGAGGGCACAAUUUGCUGAGCGCACAGACUGUGCCGCCCUGGAGAAGGCAGAGGCCGAGCGGAGGCUGGGCGGAGUGGAGACCGAGACACGCCGACUGACUGACAGCCUGAAGGAGACAUGCGAGAGGCAUACAGAGGAGAUGAAGAAACAGGAAGAGAGGAUUAAGUGUCGAGACAAGCAUAUCAGCAACCUGAAGAAGAAGUGUCAAAAGGAGUCUGAGCUGAAACGAAAGAAUCAGCAGCGCAUUGAGACUCUGGAACGCUAUCUGGCUGACCUGCCUACCUUAGAGGACUACCAGACCCAGAACAAAGAGCUUCAAGAGGCCGAGCAGCAGGCAGCUCGGCUUCAAGAUAAGGUAAAAGAGCUGGAAGCCUCUUUAGAGGCGACACGCUCGCAACUUCAAGAAAAGGACGCACAGCUGGAAGAGCAGAAACGAAGGGAGAGAGACCUGCUGACCACCAUUACUGAUAUGCAGCAGCGGGUGCAACAGGGCCUUGAAGAUGGAGCCCGACUGCCCUCUCUGGACAUUGAGAAGCUCAGAGGCGAGAACAAUACUUUAAGAGAAGAGCAGCAAAAAUUUAAGAAGGUUAUUGAGAAGCAACAUAGGAUGAUGGAGCAACUUGGUUCUCAGAUCCAGGCCUUGGAGGUGCAGAUAUCUCAGGAAGAGAACACUUCCCGAGCUCUGAGAGCAGAUAUAUCGGCCAAAGAGCAGAACAUGUCUGAGCUCCACGUAGCCAUGAAAGAGAUCGCUUCCCAAAACCAGGACCUGAUGGAGCAGAACCUGACCCUGGAGGAGCAGAUGAGCACGAAUGAGGCCUCCUCGACUCUGCAGCCAGCUGGUGCUCACCUGACACAGAGGCUCCUCAAGGAGCUCGCUUCCUGCCUCAGCGAUUUACGCUCCCUGUGCAGCAUUUUGACGCAAAGGGCUCAGGGACAAGACCCCAACCUCUCCCUGCUGCUAGGUCUCACGUCAACCAUACCAAUGGCGGAGAACGAUGAGGACUGGAUAAGUCCAGAGGUGCUACACAAAAAGCUGGUCGAAGCACAACAGCUCCGUCGUGAUGUGGAGGAGUUACGUAACGUAAUACGGGACCGCUACGCACAAGACAUGGGCGAUAACUGCAUCACCCAAUAGCUUUGACCCGUUUCACCUCAGGGGCAUCUACAUCGGGCUUGACUUUCUAGCCUAGUUACUGAUUGUCUGGAUGCAGAGUGGGUUUUUAAUUUUCUUGGAAUGGAAAGCCUAAAGGAUUUGGCUUCUUUUGACUGACUGUAUGUCACUUUUAGAGCCUGUUUGUAGCACAGUCUUCCCAUCCUACUGUUGAGUUCAGCCAUUUCAGUCCAAGGGCUAACGGAAAAUAACUUACCUCUAAUACUUGAUCCUUGAAUAUUUUUUUUAUUAUUUUAAUGUGAUAUACUAUCAUUUACCAAACAGUCUUAACCUUUUUCACUCUAGAGAAUAGAUAAUGCGUGUGUAAAAGUCCCUAAAAUCUAAUUUAUUUAACUCUAGAUUUCCCUCUUUAGGGGAAAAUUCCAAAAAGCGGUUGACAAUCAACUGAAAAUAUGUUUUGUCCUAGAGAUGUUGCCAUCAUGCCAUUAUUUAAAAUGGUGACAAGUGAAACAUCUGCUAUGUUGUGAGGUAGAAGACUUUGUACCAAACCAGCACUCUACACCAAUGGGCCUUCGUCUGUUCAAACUACCAAAGAAAGCUGGUCGAGGCAGUCGUGCAACAUCAGAAUGUUUGCGUCCCCCCCCCCCCCCUCUAAUCCCUCUCCAACCCCUCCGUCCACCUCUGCUGUAGACCUGGCUCUCGCUGAACACCGUCAGGUGCCUUUCUUUCGCAUGUGUGGUUACGAUAGCCAUUCAUUUUAGACCAAUCGGAGGCUGCUCACAGCUCGCUCUUCCACUAUGACAUGUCUCCCCCGAGCAUCAGCCACUAGGAUAAUGGUACGAUAAUUUCCAUACAUUCCCUGACUCUGAAUGUAACAUGAUGUAGGAUGUUAGCGCUCUCUGCUAGACGUGUGGCGUUAUUAUUAGUCCAUGUAUAUCUGUUCCCAUGUACAUUUUAAGGUUGAUAACGGCUGACUCGUUAGAUAAAUAUAGGAGUGAGAAACAGUAUUGACCUUCGGUAUUAAUUUAUUCUUGUCUGGACCGAGUGUGAAAAUGUUGUGGGCCUCCUAAUAUCUUGCUGUAUUGAUUCGCUUGACAUUAACCACGUGUAAAGGUUCCAUGAAGUGUUUUGUUUUGUUUCCACAUUGUGAUCUGACAUGUUAUAAGUUUGAUUGGAUGUUAGUUCAGAUAUGUUUAAUCCUACGUGAUACGCAUGGGGCUGGCUGGAUCACCCCAAAGUUAAUUUACAGGGUGGAAUUGAUUUCUACAAGUUUUCCCUGUCAUGAAACAAAAAGCCAUUUUAAGAAGACCACAUUGGGAAUGAAAAGGGACUUUUCAUACACAAAUAUGCAAUAAUUGUCCAGGACACAAGCCAUUUCAUGGGACCUUUUAACCAAAACAUGCACAAAAUUGAGCUUUGGAAAGUCGGGCUCUGCAUGCCUUAACAUCUCAAGUUUUUCAAAAGGGAAAAUUGUUUAUAUGGUCAUACGUUUUGUCCUUUGUAAUGCCCUAUUUUAGAAAUAAAGAUGUUCAAUUUUGGUCA